GUUUCGGAGAAGUUUUGGAAUCUGCAGAAUUUGACAGAGAUUGCAGUUCUGUGUGUUCUGUAACGUAGCAGCCUAAUUCAAUAAUCAAUCAUGACGGAGCAGGAAAGGAAGCAGGAAGGAUCAGGGAGGAAGGUGAAGAAGAGCUACUUCGAUGUGGUCGGAUUGUGCUGUUCCUCGGAGGUUCCGCUCAUCGAAAACAUCCUUAAACCUCUGGAAGGGAUCAAAGAGGUGUCGGUCAUCGUCCCUUCUCGAACCGUCAUUGUCGUGCACGACACUACUCUCAUUUCGCAGUUUCAAAUUGCAAAGGCGCUGAACCAGGCAAGGCUGGAGGCUAACGUGAGGGUGUACGGGGACGAGAAUGAGAAGCAGAAGCAGAAAUGGCCGAGCCCUUACGCAUUAGCGUCUGGUAUAUUGCUGGCUCUCUCACUAUUCAAAUACGUGUACGGUCCCCUCCAGUAUGUGGCCUUGGCUGCCGUGGCUGCUGGCCUUCUUCCCAUUCUUCUCAAAGCCCUCUCCUCUCUUCGCCGCCUUCAUCUUGACAUUAACAUCCUCGUCCUCGUCGCAGUUGUGGGAACAAUAGCCAUGCAUGAUUAUUUGGAAGCUGCCACCAUUGUUUUCCUCUUCUCCAUUGCUGAAUGGCUUGAGUCAAGAGCAAGUCACAAGGCAAGUGCGGCAAUGUCAUCGUUGAUGAACAUGGCUCCCCAGAAAGCGACCAUUGCUGAAACAGGAGAGAUUGUGGACGCCGACGAGGUCCAGGUGAACACCGUCCUAGCCGUUAAAGCAGGGGAAGUGAUACCAAUCGAUGGAAUUGUUGUAGACGGAACCUGUGAAGUCGAUGAGAAAACUUUGACUGGCGAGUCAUUCCCUGUACCCAAACAAAAGGACUCUACUGUGUGGGCCGGCACUAUCAAUCUAAAUGGUUAUAUUAGUGUAAAAACUAACGCACUAGCUGAGGAUUGCGUGGUGGCCAAAAUGGCUAAGCUAGUGGAAGAAGCACAAAACAGUAAAACCAGGAGCCAGAGACUGAUAGACGAGUUUGCCAAGUUUUAUACUCCAGCUGUUGUAAUCACAUCAACUCUUAUAGCGGUGAUUCCAGUUUUAUUUAGAGUACAUAAUGUGAAACAUUGGCUUCACUUUGCACUUGUCGUUCUAGUAAGUGCAUGUCCAUGCGCCCUUGUCCUUUCUACGCCAGUUGUGACUUUCUGUGCGUACACAAAAGCAGCCACAUCAGGUCUUCUCAUCAAAGGGGGUGAUUACCUGGAAACCCUUGCAAAAGUUAAGGUCAUGGCCUUUGACAAAACUGGAACUAUUACAAAGGGUGAAUUUAUGGUGACGAAUUUCCAAUCUCUUUGUGAUGAUGUAGAUUUGAAAACGUUGGUUUACUGGGUCUCAAGCAUCGAAAGUAAGUCAAGUCAUCCAUUGGCAGCAGCAGUUAUCGACUAUGGAAAGUCGCUUUCUAUUGAUCCUAAGCCAGAAGAGGUGACAGACUAUGAAAAUUUUCCUGGAGAAGGUAUUUGUGGAAAAAUUGAUGAGAGAUAUGUUUACAUUGGAAAUAGAAAAAUUGCUGCUAGAGCUGAGUCUAAGACAGUUCCUACCUUAGAAGGUGGCUCUCAGGGGGGAAAGACUAUUGGCUAUAUAUACUCAGGAGCAACUCCAAUUGGAGUUUUCUCUCUUUCAGAUGCUUGCCGAGCUGGGGUAGUGGAGGCUAUAGGGCAGCUAAAGUCAUUGGGUAUCAAAACCUCUAUGCUUACCGGAGAUAGCCAUGCAGCUGCCAUGCAGGCUCAAGAGCAGCUAGGGCAUACUUUGGAGCAAGUCCACGCAGAACUUUUGCCAGAAGGAAAAGCAAAAAUCAUCACAGAAUUCAAAAAGGAAGGACCAACAGCCAUGGUUGGAGAUGGUGUGAAUGAUGCACCAGCAUUAGCUGCAGCUGAUAUUGGCAUUUCAAUGGGCAUUUCAGGUUCUGCACUAGCAAGUGAAACAGGAAAUAUAAUUCUCAUGUCAAAUGACAUGAGGAAGAUACCAAAAGCGAUCAAGCUUGCAAGAAAAUCUCGUAGGAAAGUAAUAGAAAAUAUUAUAUUGUCAAUUGUGACUAAGGCUGCAAUUCUUGGCUUGGCCAUUGCUGGUCAUCCGCUUGUUUGGGCAGCAGUUCUUGCUGAUGUUGGGACAUGCUUGUUGGUAAUCUUAAACAGCAUGCUUCUUCUGCACAGAAGAGAGAAGCAUAGAGGAAAAUGUUGUAGAUCUUCCACUCAGCUACACGUCCGUAAAAGUGGGUGUCAUGCCAAUAAUGGCAAAUCUUCUCACCACCACCACCACCACCACCCCCAUCAUCAACACAAGCAUGAUUCUCAUCAGCAUUCUAAAAUCACUGAAGGCCAUGACCAAUGCAAGUCCAGAGAUGAGAUCCAUGAACCAAAUCUCUGUCAUCAUGGAAGACGUGAGACAGGUAAUGUCCAACCACAUGAUGGAGAAAGCCAGAGCUGUUCACGCUUUCAAGAUAGGAUAAUGAUUGAAGCAGAUAAGUGUACUACUUCAACAGACAGUCAUGGCAGUUGUUUGGAACAUAGUAACUCCCACAGCACAGCACAUUUCCUGAAUAGAAAUUGUGACACAAUCUUUCAUGAUGGAGUGUCACCAGGUUCUCCCUGCCAUUUCUUGCACUCACAUGAUAUAGAAAGCCAGGCUUGUUCAGGGUCUCCUCACAUGAUUCUGACCCGAUCAGAUAAAUGUUCGAGUGCAAUGGAUAAUCAUGAUUGUAUGGAACAUAAUUCCCACGAGACAUUACAUUGCCACAACAGAAGCUGUGGCCAAGUCAGUCAUGUUGAGGCAUCAGUUGUUUCUCCCUGCCACUUCAAUCUUUCUGCAGAGAAAGAAAGCCAACAGUGCAGCAAUAAACACUGCCACUUGAUCACUGAUUUUGAAAUUCCUGAGGAUCAUAAUCUCAGAAAGACAAUAAGAUGCAAUCAUGAAAUUAAGCAUCAAAUUCCAGGGCCUCUAUCUGACUUUAAGGUCUGUGGAGACGAUCAUGUAGCUGGUAUCAUGGAACAUAAGCACAUUGAAUCAGCCUCAAUGCACGCUUUUGGGAAUUCGGAAGAGCAAGAAAAAGGUUCUUGUUGCAAAAGCUGUCCAGACGAAUGUAACGAAUGUCCUGUUGUGUGCGCGCAUCUGUCUUCAAAUGAGAUAGAAGUUGGUGCAUGUUGUGAGGGCUCUUCAAGGGAACCCAUUGAGUUUCCAAUGGCGCAUGCUUGUAUUAGUUUGGACAAGAGAAAUAUUGGUGGGUGUUGCAAGAGCUACAUGAAGGAAUGCUGUAGCAAGCAUGGGCGUUUAGGGGUGGGUUUUGGAGGUUUAUCCGAAAUUAUUACAGAACAGGUGUAGCUGGCUCUGGCCUAAGCAAACCAUUGUCAGCUUGUGUCUUCUUGCAAUGCAUGAUAUAGAAUUGACUAAGGUAGAGCUCAAAAAUCCUCACGAGAAAUUGCAUAUAUAUUGUAACAUCUUGGUAUUGCUCAUCUUAUAUAUAAUUUGAAGAUAUCUCAUAAUUAGGGAAACCUCAAUUUGACCAAGCAGUUCUGCUGGAGAUCGCCAAGUAGGCACAUUGACUUACCUAUGGUAUAAGCUGAAAAUAACUUUGUAGGCAGGUAUAUGUAAGAUGAUGAAGCAUUUUCACCUGUUUUUCUAGUUAUUAGGAGCUAGGUCAUCAACACAUUUGGGGGGAAAAUGAAGGAAAGUCACCCCUGUCGAAGAUGUCUGGUUAGGCGUCGAGGUUUGCUUUUUGUAAUCACAUGUUUCACCUAUUCCAUGUGCCUUCUGGUUGUACUUAUUUUUAAUAAAAGAAGCAGGCACUUAUUUAGCAUCAAUCUA